AUGGUGUCGAGUCACGAUAUGGAAGUGGAUGGAAUCACUGCAUUCUCGACAUCGCCUGCGACGUCUUAUCGCUACAUCCUCCGACUCAAAGACGACAAAUUGAGUAUUUGGAUGGAAGACCGAACCAGCAAAAAGCAAUGGUCUAAGAGCGGGAUGAUCAAAGAAGACUACGUGACAUCGGCCAAUACCAUUGCAGAUGCAUCAGCGAUAGAUUACUUGAGUUUGUUCCAGGACACACUAGAAAGUAACCUGGACAAGUCGGGCUAUGUCCAGCGCACAUUGGAAGUGCUGAGUGGGGGUGCUUGCCAACUGGUGGUUAGCGUCACGGUUCGCAUUCUUCGCUCAGUGAGAGUGGCGAAGUAUACGUUUGUCCUGGAGCCUGUCUCUGUUGAGCGAAUCGAUGUGUUGGAAUCCAAAAUGCGCGAUCAGCAGGAGGAAUUGGUGCGACUUCAGAACAAUCUGUCACGCAUGUACAGCUUGAUGCCUUAG